GAGCAACACGAGGGAUGAGAGUGUGCAGACGAGUUACGAGAAGCAGAACUCAGCUGUGACUGAACAGAGGCAGCCAGAGGAGACAUGUGUAUAUAGAGGAGAUGUAUAUAUUUAUACUGGGAUAGAUGGAGAGAAGAGAAACUUUACAAAGAGGACAGAGGACAGAGAGAGAGAGAGACAGAGAGAGACAGUGGACUCAAGGUGACUUUAGGGAAGCCGAUGCACUGCAGCCAGGAGCUCUCACAACUUUUACAAGGGAGAUUUAGCAAGCGUGCAGGGAACAGAAGAACAAAGAGAUAAGAAGAAGAGAAGAGACUCUUUCACAGGAGAAGGACCGAGAGAGGAGCAGAGUUGAAAAGGAAUAAGGACAGCGACCAGAAAUAAGGGAACGAGGAAACGAGUGCCCUCUCGGAGAAAGAGGAGAAAGUCUUUUCAGGUCUGACUCUGAGCUUCACAAUGGGAGAUCGAUUGCCUCUUCCGGCACUUGCCAGGACUUUGCUCCCUGUGGCCCUCUGCGUCUUGACCCUUCUGCCCCUCGGCCUUCUGGGAAAGGACCACGCAGGCAGCUCCGCCCGGCUCCAGAGGGUCAAACGAGGCUGGGUGUGGAACCAGUUCUUCGUCCUGGAGGAGUACACCGGACUGGAACCGCUCUACAUCGGAAAGCUUCACUCGGACAUGGACAAAGGCGACGGCUCCAUUAAGUACAUCCUGACGGGCGAGGGCGCCGGCUCCACCUUCACCAUCGACGACGGCACAGGGGACAUCCACGCCAUCCAGAGGCUGGACCGCGAGGUGAAGGCCCAGUACGCCCUGCGCGCCCAGGCCCGGAGCCGCCUCACCGACCGGCCCCUGGAGCCCGAGUCCGAGUUCAUCGUGAAGAUCCAGGACAUCAACGAUAACGAGCCCAAGUUCCUGGACGGACCCUACAUGGCCACCGUGCCGGAGAUGUCCCAAAUAGGAACGUCUGUGAUCCAGCUGACGGCCUCAGACGCAGACGACCCCACGUACGGGAACAGCGCCCGGGUGGUGUACAGCAUCGUGGAGGGGCAGCCCUACUUCUCCGUGGACGCCAAGACGGGUGUGGUCCGCGUGUCCCUGGCAGACAUGGACCGGGAGACCAGAGAGCAGUACCACGUGGUCAUCCAGGCCAAGGACAUGGGCGGCCAGCUGGGGGGGCUGGCCGGCACCACCACGGUCAACAUCACGCUGAGCGACGUCAACGACAACCCGCCCAUGUUCGACCAGAGGUUGUACCAGAUGAGCGUCCCCGAGGCGUCCCCUGUGGGCUCAGUGGUGGGACGCAUCUGGGCCAAGGACAGGGACACCGGGCUCAACGCUGAGAUGAGGUACAGCAUCAUCGAUGGAGACGGAAGGGACACGUUCGACAUCAGCACCGACCCCACCAACCUGUUCGGCAUCAUCACCGUGAAAAAGCCCCUGGACUUUGAGAGCAAACCCAGCUACACCCUGAAGGUGGAGGGCGCCAACACCAACCUGGACCCGGCCUUCAUGCACCGCGCGUCCUUCAAGGACGUCACCAUCGUGCACGUGAGCGUGGAGGACGUGGACGAGCCGCCGCAGUUCGACCUGCCCUCGUACUUCGUGGAGCUUCCAGAGGACGCUGACGUUGGGACGCUGGUGAGGACGAUGUCUGCCAGAGAUCCUGAUGCUGCCAACAACACAGUGAGGUAUUCCAUCGAGAGGUCCACCGACCCCGACAAGUUCUUCUACAUGGACGUCACGUCCGGGGCGCUGAUGACCGGGCGCUCGCUGGACCGAGAGGAGGUCGGCUUCCACAACAUCACAGUGCUCGCAAUGGAGAUGAACAACCCGACGCAGAUCUCCAGUGUGUCGGUGACGGUGAAGGUCCUGGACGUGAACGACAACCCUCCGCUGCUGACUCACUACCUGGAGGCGUACGUGUGUGAGAACGCAAAGGCCGGGCAGCUGAUCCAGACGGUGACGGCCCUGGACCCCGACCAGCCGCUCAGUGGACAUCGCUUCUACUACAGUUUGGCUCCAGAGGCGGCGAACAACCCGAACUUCACCCUGAGGGACAACCAAGACAACACGGCCUGGAUCCUGACCCGACGUGGCGGCUGGGCCCAGCAGGACCAGACCCUGUUCUAUUUGCCCAUCUUCAUCUCGGACGGCGAGCAGCCGGUCCAGACCAGCACCAGCACUCUGACCAUCCGGGUGUGCAGCUGCGACCAGGACGGCAACGUCAUGUCGUGUAACGCCGAGGCCUACAGUCUGCCAGCCAGCCUGAGCAGAGGAGCCCUCAUCGCCAUCCUGGCCUGCAUCUUCGUCCUGCUGGUGAUGAUCCUCCUCAUGCUCUCCCUGAGGACCCAUCGUAAGAAGCCCUUCCUCUGCGACCAGGAGGAGAACGUCCACGAGAACAUCGUGCGCUACGACGACGAGGGCGGCGGCGAGGAGGACACGGAGGCCUUCGACAUCGGCGCCAUGUGGAACCCACGUGAGGCGCACAACCACCUGGGCAAGAUGAGGCAGGACAUGCUGCCGGAGAUCGAGAGCUUGUCUCGCUACGUCCCUCAGGUCUGCGUGAUGGGCGGCGGCAGCGGGGACAGCAACGUCCAGGGAUACGUCCUCGCCAAGCUCCUGGACGCCGACGUGGACCCCUGCGCCCCCCCCUACGACUCCCUGCAGACCUACGCCUACGAGGGCGAGGGCUCGGUGGCCGAGUCGCUCAGCUCCCUCCAAUCAGGGGCCUCGACCACCGACCACGAGUACGACUAUCUCAACGACUGGGGGCCCCGAUUCAAAAAGCUGGCCGAGAUGUACGGCGUGCUGGAGACGAACCCCCCCCCGCUGUGGUAGAGCCCCGGAACCUUUUGCCUUUUUUUAAGAAUCUAAGACAAACUGCAAACGAUCAAAAAGAGACAAACAGACAGAAACAGGUCAGAGGAGCUUCACGAACAUGUGUGAGGACGACAAAGCGCUUAAACGACCACGACUGUUGGCACUUGAAUUCCUCUCCACGGCCCUGGAGGCCUGAGAUGCCCAC